ACCAUUCCAAGCGGAUUGUAUUUUUGUUAACAUCUAUAUUUUGAAUAAUCCGAUUCGUCGGUUUGAGAAUAUCGAUGUACCGAUAAUUUUUGCACACUAUUUAUAAUAAUAUUCAGUGAUCAAAAUUGUUGAAGAAAUGAAGUUGUUAAUUUUAAGUUUGUGUAUAAUUGCUAAUCUUAGUUAUAAUGGAAAAGCUUCUUUGGAAAGUUUUAUGCCGACUAAGAAUAAUAUGAUAUUAGCUGACACAACAAAAGGAUCAGACAAAUCAUGCAGCCGACCUUGUAAAUUCAACGUGAAGCCACGCCGGUGCACUUAUGAUUUUGAAAUUACUCCACUUAUUGAAGAAAACGGAAGGCCAACACUUACUGUAAACACCUUGACACCGGGACCACCUAUCCAAGUGUGUUUACACGACAUUGUCAUAGUCAAAGUAAAGAAUAAGGUUCCCAAUCAAGAUGUCUCCGUACAUUGGCAUGGAGUUGAACAAAAAGGAACUCCUUUUAUGGAUGGUGUUCCUAUGAUAACACAGUGUCCUAUAGCAUAUGGAUCUAUAUAUGAAUAUGCGUUUAUAGCGUCUUCUCCGGGGACUUACUUCUAUCAUGCAGAUUCAGUUGCUCAUCAAAGCGAUGGCGUGUACGGAUCCUUUGUUGUGGGUCAACCUCAGCCUUCAGAGCCUCAUUCGUCGCUAUACGAUUACGAUAGAAGCGAAGAUCACACGUUGAUUGUUGGCGCGAAAUUUGACGACCUUCUUACUGGCCGUCUAGAAGACGUAAGCCGAAUUCGACCGGAUAACCUUGUGGUGAACGGGGAAGAAACUGAUACCAAGAUCUUCGUGAUGCAAGGAUACGGAUAUCGGUUGCGAUUCAUCAACGCAAUCGCGCUAGAAUGCCCUUUGCUCAUCAGCGUGGAACGCCAUCCGAUGACCAUCGUAGCGAGUGACGCUAGUCCAGUGCAGCCUGUCAUCGCAGAUGCAGUUCGACUCUAUCCAGGUGAACGUAUGGACGUGGUGGUUAGAACGGAUCAAGAAAGUGGAGGGUACUGGGUUCGAGUCUCCGGCGAAGGAGUUUGUGAUGGACUGAGUGCACACGCCAUGCUUCUAUACUCCGGUUUCAAUUACACCAACAUGUUGGAACAAGGGCCGGCUUUGGAAACUGAAUCCAGCUAUGAAACUGUAGUCUUUGGCCAACAACUGCGUUCUCUACGAGAAGCGUCUCAUGUUGCUAACAAGAAGUCCGUAUAUUUGAGUAUAGACAAACAUUCGUCCAAGUUCAAGGAUGCAGAUAUUGAUUUUAGCUACCGCAGCGAUGCUAUGGCAAAGAAGCCGUUUUUCCCUGCAGUAUUAUCGUCAGAGGAAAAAGUUCUCCAGAUCAAUGGCAAGAACUUCCUGUACCCCAAUACACCAUAUUUAUUAAAGCCUCGUGAUGUACCGCCUUCCAUUAUGUGUGAUAUUGGUAAAGAAGAUGAACAUAAGGAACCACAAUGUUUACAAAUACUGAAAUUGCAAACCAAUGAAGUGAUAGAACUCGUUUUAGCCAAUGAAGGUUUCAAUACGAAUGACUCAUACACAUUCCACAUGCAUGGUAAAAAGAUGGAGGUUAUAGCAACGUGGCAAAAUCCCUCCAGUACACCAAUAUCUAAAGCAGAUAUCGACAAACUACUCAAAGACGACAGUAUAACAAGGAACGACAAGAAUCCUCCAAUCAAAGACACAGUGUUUGUACCAAACAAAGGUAUUACUAUUGUGAGGUAUACACCAAUCUUUGGAGGAAGCUGGCUAUUAGAAUGCAGAUCAUGUUCCACCUUACUACCUGUUGCAAUUCUCAUUAGUGUUCCUAUAUCAAUACCUAAAUUAGUUAUUGAUGCUUUACCGAGCUGUGGGAAUUACAGACCUGCAGACACUUUGUUAAACUAACAUUAACUUAGAACAUUUGGACUUGUAAACCAGGAAGUGCAAAACUGUAAAUAUGUGAGAGAAAGUGACCAAUGAUUGCAGAGUGAUAUGUUUCUUUUUUUAAAUUAGUAUUUUAUAUUAAAUUGGUAAGAUUUGUAAAUAAAAGUCUAUUGUGAUUAAAAUAAUUUAUAAUACUUAUUAAA